GUUGUGGGGCCACGGAGCUGUGAAGACCUCUCAGCCUACGAUGCCCUUGCUUCUUCAGGUGACGCCUUCUGCCAGGAUGUUUCCUCCUACGAAGGCACCUCGGAAGGGCUCCAGGACUGCAAGGCAAAGUGCGACCGCGACGGUGGGUGCAAGUUUUUCAGCAUCUGGAUGACCGGUGGUCAGCACUGGUGCCGCUUGACUGCGAGCUGUGUUGCGCUAAGUCACCAGCCGGGCCACAGCAUCGGUGUCUACAAGAGGCAUCAGAUGGCAUUACCUGGCUCACCCUUCGAGGUCUCGCAGCCAUUGGCAUUGCCCUUU